AUGGGCGAACCGUUAACGGUCAAAGAGGCCUUUGCCGGUGCAGGCCACUUUCUGGGCCCAAUUCUUCAACGAGAUGAACUGCAAAAAUCUCGUGGCAAGUCGCUAAUAGAGAUCUUGAAUCAAGGUGAACUCGAGUCAACCGACGAAGCAUCUGCCAGAGGGAGCGUCGUUAGCAAAGCAUUGGACCUGCUUCGCCAGAUCCAUGUAGCAUUUGUGAUCCCAGUAAGCGAUACAGACCAGAGAUCCGGCGUUGGCAACAACCAUGAAGACCCAAAUCUAGAGGAUGCAAGACGUCGCCGCAUCCUUCACGCGCUGUUGGAUUUGAUCUCUCUAGAAGGGAUCUACCCUUCGCUUUCCUGCGGGGUUGGAAUUCCUCUUCAACAGCGUGUCAUAUCUGUUUUACCAGCAGGAGUCAUUGCACAGCAACAGAUUCCCGUUUCUGAAGAGCCACAGAAUGCCCUCCUGCUUCGUCGGAUUCUGGCAACGCUGUCUGAAAUUAUAUUGGAUAGCCGGCCAAGCAUCCAGCCUGUUGUACGGGGUCGGAUACUGAGCGAUCUAAUAAGUUCAUUAUCAGACCUAGGUUACAACCCGAAGCUUCCACCUCACAAUAAUCAAGAUCAGUAUCGUCAAACGCUGGCAAAAGUAAUUGAAGACACGUCCAGCGCAGAGUUACUACCGAUCUUGUCUGCUUUUCUUCAAGCGAAUCCUACCACAUGGUUCAAGUCCAUCGUGACCGGUUUAUUAUCAAAGGUCCCUUUGCGUCCUGGUGGUGUGCUACAGACUAUUGUCUUUCUUGCCUCGCAGUUCGCGCCAUCACUUGGCCAAGAGGCGCAAGCUCAAGCAUCAGGUGGUCCACCUAUUACAGUCAACGCAAUAAUGCAUGCCUCACGCCUGCUUUCCUCCGUUCCCCAGGACAUGAUCGCCGAGGACUACUUUAAGGUCAUUGGUCCACAGUUACUAGCUUUGAUUGAUGGCGAGGACCCGGAUCUGCGAAAGGCUGCCGCAUACAUAGUUGGCAACGGAAUACUUGGCAAAAGAGCUUACGGAGCACCAGGGACUGUUGGCCAUUCAAUAUUCUUGGAGCCGGUCUUCCAAACCCUAACGGGGACACUCGAUAAACAGCAUCGAGCUUACAUGGUACCGGCACAAGAAGCGCAGAAACCAAGGUCAGACCAGGUAUUAGCCACUGGAUCUGAGGUAUUACUCGUGAUCAACAGAGUGAAAACGUUGGUCCUGCAACCGCCGAACCCCGGGCUGGUCAAAAGAGUUGUAUACCCUAUCCUCCUUCCCCUUUGGGGUUUGGCGUGUUUCAGUAUUCAGCAGCAACAGACUGUGCUCCAUGACGAUAUCAUCGCUGUACUCCAGACGUACUUUGGUAUAUCUGUGGGCUUUCCUCCACUGAAGAAGCUAAUCGACGAUCUUCUAUGGGAUGGUGGCCCAGUCUUUACAUUUGCCACCAAUUCGAAGAACGAAAUUAUUCUCAAGAAGCGCGCCACAAGCGAACCGGAGACAAAUUUAGUGGGACUCCUUGAUGCUCUACAAGUUCGGACCAAGGUAUUUAUGAGCUUGCUAGAUGCAGACCCUAGCCGCGAUGAGCAGACAGGAGAGGCGUUCCUUUACGUGAGCGAAACCUGGCUUGCCCAGCCUUCAAGCGCAGGUCGUACAACGGAUAAACUUGAACUGGCUCCAGAUAUCGGCGAGUCCGAUAGCAUUUUGCGAAAGGUCAUUAGUGCCAAAUUAGCGGAGUCGCUUCUGGAUAACUUCAAAGACACACUUUCGCGAAAACCUCUUAAGGUGCUUGAGCUGGUAAAGCACAUCAUCGACGGCGAAUUGGGAAGAUCAGAUGCCCAGAUCAAUGCAGCGAGGAAUCGAGAUUCGCGGAACGUAUCUUUAUCAUCGUUAGCCAACAUUGUCUCUUCGCAGCAAGAUGAGCCGAGUGAGGCAGCUGAACAUGACUCUACGGAGUCAAUCCAAGUUGUCUUCAGUUUGCUCUCUACAAUCCUCGCAUCCCCUGAGUUCUCCAUGUCGAAUGAAACCAGUGGCCUGCUAGAAGAUAUCAAAGGAAAGCUUGAUCGACUUCUCCCACAUCUACCAACCUCACUAUCGAAAUCUGGAACCACCGCAUCUAUGCUCCUUGAGAUCCAGAUCACGUCUCCUGAAUUUACUGGAUCCAAGGGGAAAUCCGCUGAAGCCCCAGAUUUUGAGAUACAUCGCCGCGCCUUGACGAACCUCAACUCUGAGCUUCCGCCAGUCCAAGCAGAGGGAUUCUCGCUUCUGUCAGAUUUGAUCAAAAAGUCAUCACCGAUUCUCGAUAUACCAUCAACUCUUACUCUCCUCCUGUCCGUCAUCAACGACUCCUCCGAAUCGGCUGCAAAUGACGAGUUCAUUUAUCUGAACGCCAUAAAACUCAUAGGCACAUUAGCCUCAAAACAUCCACGCACGGUCGUAAAAACCCUAAUCGACCGAUACAUCGAUCGAAGUGAAAAUGCCACCCUUGAUCAGAGACUCAAAAUUGGAGAAGCUCUCAUCCGCACCGUACAGGACCUCGGCGAAGCCCUAGCAGGAGAAACAGCCAAGAGCCUAGGAGAUGGCCUGAUAGCCGUAGCAGGAAGACGAGCACAAAAGCCACAGGCCCAGAAAAGCCGCAAACAAGCCAUAGAAAAUGAGAGGCGGAGAAAAGAGCGCGAGGACCGCCAGAACAAGAACAACGCGCCAGCGGGCUGGGAAUUUUCAUCCCCGCAGACAUCGAAGAUCCUCAAAGAACUCAUUGACGAUGAGGGCUCUGAUUCCGAAACCCCAGAGCAAGCAACUCACUCCGCAAACAUUAUUGCCGCCUGGGCGGCCGGAUCAUCGCGCGAUGAGGAACCAGAUGAUCUCCGUGUCCGAGCAUCCGCACUCUCUAUUCUUGCAACAGCCGUCCAAACAAACAUCUUGGGACUUGGACCUUUGAUCCUCUCCUCGGCCGUAGACCUCGCCCUCGCAACACUAACCUUAGAACCCGACGACGAAUCCGCUAUCCUUCGACGCGCCAGCGCUGUACUCCUCCUCGAUAUCUUGAGAGCCCUCGACAAGGCGCGGGAGUCCCGCAGAAACCAAAAUCUCGGGUUCGGGUUCACUCUAGCGGACGACUCAUCCCGUGGUUUCGGUGGUUCCACCGCAGGGACCAGUGAAUCCUCGAAUAUCGGCAAUAUCCCACACAUGCUGCGGACGCUGGGCGCCGUAGAAGCCCGCGAGAUGGACAGUAUUGUCCGGGGCCACAUCCGCGUGUUGACAGAGAGCUUGGAAGCUUGGGUCGAAAAGGCGAUCUUUUGGGGAGUUGGACAUCGGCCUGUAGAUGAGCCACGGUUGGAGCUUGGGGAUCGCAUUGCUGGGUUGAGCAUUGAUCCGUUGUCUGGGAAGGGUGGUUCCGGUAGGCCGAGGAUUGAGGAGAUUGAAUAG